AAUUAAACUAAACGCAACAUUGGCACGUUCCUUUCUACGUAACCAAUACUUUAUUUAUAUUUAGAAGUUUCAAGUUUCAAAAAGUAGGAAUUGUCUAAGAAUAAAGGGUUCUACAUUAAAAAAAUACAAGAAACUAUAGAUCUUAGAGGAACAACAGGAUUGUAAUUUAUCAUUUUAUUUUGGGAACAACAACAAAAAAGGAAAUACUGUUGCAGUAAAACGAAACGUAGGUGAUAAGGUUUUUUGACAGCUUCAAUGAAUGAUGCACAGUGCUGAUAACAACAAAAACAAUGCAAAAAUAAUCAUCUCCUCAUCCUAAUUCGUGGUAAAGUUACUUUUUAUAAACCUGAAACAUCAAGAUUAAGCGUAUAUUAACAUAAGUAUAGGGUCUAUUGAGUAUUAGAAUCUAGAAGAGACUAUAACAUAGCUGAGUCACCAAAAUGCUUAGGUAUCUCAUAAUUCUUAGUAAAAGCUGACAAUAGCUAGCUGAAAAAAAUGUGGUGACUGUGUGUUCUAUGCUCGCAAUGGUCAUGUGAAAGAAGUAUGAAGAAGAAUUGAUUUUAACGUGUACACAGAAGCGAUCAUGGCAUCUGAAAAGGCAGGUAGACCACAGUUCAUCGAACACAAGAUAACGCAUUACCGACAGCGCUUCAAUUGGGACUGUGGCGUGUCCUGCGUCCUGAUGCUGUUGGAAGAAGAGCAGCGAAGGGAGCUAUUGAACAAGUUCGCCGAGACCUGCCAAGAGGAAGGCUUCAACCAGUCCACGUGGACCAUUGACUUAUGUUACCUGCUCAAAAGAUACGGCAUUAGGCAUCAGAUGUGCACCAUCAUGCCAGGAGUGAAUGAGGACUAUAAGAAACAUGGAUACUAUGAUAGGAUAUUGGACUUGGACCGAGAACGCGUCAGGCGUCGCUUCGACGAGGCGACCAGCACUGGUAUCGAGGUGUCGCAGCGGUCGCUGUCCACCGACGAGCUGGUGGCACACCUGGUGAGCUCGGGGCCUGUCGUCCUGCUCGUAGACGCAGGACUACUGGUCUGCGACCUGUGCAAGCAUAAUAAGCUGAAGGCCGAGUUCAGGCGCUGCUUCGGCGGCGGCUACCGCGGGCACUACGUCGUGGCAGUGGGACUCGGCCGGGGCCGCGUGUUGUACCGGGACCCGGCGCUGUCUCCGCGCCUAUGCGCCGCCACGCCUCAAGCGCUCGCCCGCGCUCGCACAGCGCCCGGGACCGACCAGGAUGCCGUGCUGGUGUACAAAGACUUCAGUUGAUGACGGCUGUCGAUAUACCUUACUAGUAGUCCAGUAGAAUUAGAUUUUAAAUCGGAAAUAAUUCCUACAAAAGAUUUUAUUGCUUUAAUGGCU